AUGUACAGCUCUCCAUUCAAUUCAUUUCAAGGUUCAUCAUCAAGUCCUGUGAUGGAGCAAAAUAAUGAAGACGUGGAACAAUUGAACUAUAACAAAGGAAAAGCUGAUGAGAUGAGUGAAGAAGAGAUAGAAAUGAUAGAAGAUGAGAGCAAUGAAGGAGGACAGAAAGUAGAUGGAGAUGAAGGAGUUAGUCCUUUUGAGAAAAGCAAAGGAAGAAGAAAUCCAGGGAUUGAGAAUAAGGUUUCAAGCAUAAUUGUUGAUAAUGUUUCAUACAAUGAUAUGUGCAUUAGGAGACUUAGAGAGGAUUUUUCUCUAAGAAAGAGAUUAAAUAUUGGAGAAAAUUUUUUUCAUGUUAGAUGUUGUGCACAUAUACUUAAUCUCUUAGUGCAAGAUGGUCUUGGUCAACUUGGUAGUGUGAUUGAUGUUGUUAGAGAAUGGAUAAAGUGGAAUAUCACAUAUUUGAUGUUAGCUUUGGGUUUAGAGUUCAAGGAUGUCUUUCCAAGAUAUGCAGACAUUGACUCCAGAUUUCACCAUGUUCCUACUAAUUUUGAGUGGAUGAAAGUGGAAGAAGUGUGCAAAUUUCUAGGAAUAUUUCAUGAAAUCACUGAUAUGAUUUCUGGAUCCGAGUAUCCAACAGCUAACAUUUUUCUUGUGGAGCUCUAUAGGAUUAAAGAGCUUUUAAAUAAAAAAGCUCUUGACCCUUAUGAGCAUAUUCGAGCUAUGGCUGGAAGUAUGUCUACUAAAUUUGAUAAGUAUUGGGGGAAAAGUAAUGUGCUGCUAUCUUUGGGUGCAAUUUUGGAUCCGAGAUACAAAAUGUUUCUUAUUAAUCAUGCUUUUCUGGUGAUUUAUGGUGAGGAUGCAACUCCUAGAUUCGUGGCUGAAAUUAGAGACAUUCUUUAUGAGUUUUACAAUGAAUAUAUUGAUUGUCACAUUGUUUCCCAUUCUGAACAACAACAGAGGCAGGUUGUAAAAAGGAGACAAAAUGAAGGUUCUAGUUCUUCUAGUAAGAAAGCUAGUAAAAUAAUUGGACCAGCCAUUUUAACUGGUAAAGAAAAGUUUCACAUGCAUGUUAGUGAAAUUAACAGGGCUCCACCAGAAAAAUCAAAUUUGGUUGUUUAUUUAGAGGAAAGUAGGUAUGCUUGUGAUGCAAAUGCGAAUCUGGAUGUUUUGGCUUAG